UCGGAUAAAAAAAAAAAUGCUGUCACUUGCUUCCUUCUAGAUGGCUCGGAUGGAGAGCGACGUCCCGUGCCAGCACUUUCCCUUGAGUACGGGCCUUUUAGGUCAGAGUUCAGGCCUCACUGUCGUCCCGGCAACCAGCAGCUCCUUGCCUGUCUGCAGACCUACGGUAAAUCAGACCUGGUAGCGAUCCCAGAAAGCGCACAAAACUCCUCGCUGCAACAGGACUUAAGCAUAGCUUCAGCAGCACUCGACAGAGAGAUAGAUCCAAAAGAAAAACCUUCUGAGAUUUAUUCACGCCAUUCUCCCCUCACUCCAUCCUUUCCCCAAAAGAGGAAGUGCGAUGCAUUCCAACGUCAAUGUGGGAGUCCACCCCUCAAGAGCUGCAAGACGAGUCGCCCUCCGAAGUGGAAACCGCCGUGUUCCUCACAAGUCACAGCGGCGGAAGGAGGAGUGAGUGAGAUGAUGAAAAUCAGAGUUCAGACAUCCAUUUCUGGAUGUCCAACGUCAUCAGAGGAGCAACAAGCCCAGGUUAAAAUCACUCCCUGUGAUAUGAGGACUUUGUUUAAAACCCACGCAGAAUCCCAUGUCCUGGAGCAGACUCAGCCCACUAGUCAGAGCACAGGGGGGAAAUCCUCCAAUGAAAUGGCAAGGAUUGCACCCAAGCAGAAAGCCCUGGCCAAAUUAUGCAAACACAAGUUGGCCAAAUUAAUGAUCGACCCAUCCAUAGAUGGUCCAAAAGGUUCUCAUGACGUAGUUACCACCAGUGAGCUACAAACUCAGCCCAGAACCGGCCCAAAACCCACAGCCCUGACGUCUGACGCCAGAAUAAAGGAUUCUGGGAGGCUGAGCCCAGAGGAGAGAGUGCAGAUGCUAGAGGAGGCGGGGCAGGCUGAGGUGGUGGUGCUGACCAUGACGUUUCAGGAUGGAACAACCCAGUUAGACCCAGAACAGAAGCUCGCUCCACCGGCGAGUGGCCUCCUUGUGCUGAUGAAGACCGAUCCUCGCUGCGCCACACCCGGUUGCUCACCGGCUCUGAAUGACAAGCUGGUCUACUUAAAACUAGAGCGCAACCCUCCGUGGACACAACAGCACAUUCAGCACACUCAGCAGCUCUUCACCAGAGAUGUGCUUCUGCGGGUGUUGUCAAGGUCUCAGCUGGUGGUUUGCUAUAAAGCCAAGGAUUUUCUUCGUACAGUUUUGCUGUAUUACAGACAGGAUCUCAGCUGGAAAGAAGGUGGGACUCUUAACAUGAUGCACCUUCACACCCUUCUCUCACACACCAAAGGUUUUUCAGUUCGUUUGGCAGGCUGUCAGAUCCACGAUCCACAGGUUUCAGGGUGGCUGCUGGAUCCCACCGAUCCCUCCUCCUGCUUCCAUGACCUGCUUAAUAAACACUGCAAAAGACCGAGCGCAGCACCUUCCCCGGGUCCUGACAAGAGCCGAGGCCUGUGGGAACUUUACUCAGAGAUGGAGGUGAAGAUGAUCACUGUUCUCGGAGACGACAUCACUAAAAUUCAGCAAGACAGGUGUCACCGGAAGAACAUGUCACUGUUCGCCUGGGCUCUUUAG